UGCGCCGAAGACGUGCGUGAUAAUCAAACGUCGCCCGCACUUAAUCGCCGAUAGAUUAUCGCCGUAUAAAAGAAAUCAUUCCGUCAAUCAGCCACCCAAAGUCGUCGCCUUUAUUCGGACAGCAUGACGCGCUUCAUCGUUUUCGUGCUUCUUCUACUGAUCGGGCGCCACGUCCGUGGCGUAACGGAGAAUAUCGUGACCUUCACGUCGGGCUCCACGGUGACGCUGAAGGCGGAAUCGACCGGAAGUGCAUUAAGAUGCACCCUCGAGACCAAUCGGGGCGAAGAAUUAGAGUACUUGCGGCCCGGGUAUCGUCAAGUGCGCGAGGAUGUCGAAUGCAUCGAUACGAAAACGUGCUCGUUUCGCAUCAACAAAGCCAAUGACAGUCAUGCGGGUGUGUGGAAGGUGACGGCGUAUAAAGAGAACGAGAGCGACGUUGAUUCAUCCAGCGAUGACGUUACUGGUAUUACGGAAGUAUUCUCGUACAAGCUGUACAUUUACCAGGAGAAAGCCGCUGUACCUUCGCAAUACAUCGAAGUGUACGAUGGACACUACGUACAUAUGAAACACAGCGAGAAUUAUAAGAAUCUUACGGCGUGUAAUCUAACAGGACCUAAGAUGAAGUCCAUAAAUUUACUAACAGAGAAGCGAGACAAUUUUCAACUUCUUGGCCAAUGCGGUGUCCGUAUGAAAGUGACUGCCACUUUCGAGGGCUCAUGGAAACUUGAUGCAGUUGUCAAUGAUUACAUGGUAUAUCGCACGUCAUUCAAUGUUGAUGUGCAUCAAUUAGAAGGAAAAGAUCCUAAUGAUACGUUAGUCAUACAAUGGACUCGAGGAUCUCCGGGCAUAAUUAGCCUAUCAGGCCUACCGAAAAUUUGCCAAAUAGUGGACCCCAAUGGUGUAACCGUGGCAACGUCAAUUGGGAAAUGCUACCAUCAAGUAAAAGUUGCCACCGUUGCGCAUGAGGGUGUGUGGCUCGCUCGUUACAAUAUGUACGGGAUGCUGGAACCCGUCGAACAAAAGUUUAGAGUUGAAACUCUCGAACGAUUUAUUUUCAACACGAACGUCACUCGCACCGAGAACGGUAACACCGUGUUACUCUGUCGAUUAGAGAUAAAGGAUGCACGUCCAGCAUCUUGCAACUUUGUUAGACCCGACGGCAUAAUACUCUAUAUGACACCCGUAGUAGGCACCGAAAGGUACACCGCCUACAUAAGGUCUGCCGACAACCGUGAACGUACCGACUAUAAGAUCUUGGAAUGUGCAAUAACAAUCCGAAAGCUUGAAGACGUCGAUUACGGCGCGUGGCGAUGCGAUCUUAGGAUACCCUACAACGCCCGCUCGUACGGAUCCGUGCUUCACGUUGACUAUCCCAAUUCGCGCGAAAAUUCCAGCGCUAAAGGCGAAGCGGUUAAAACCAGAGCGGACGGCGUGUAUGUGAAGCGCGGCGACCCGUUUACGAUAAAAUGUAUCGCCGAUUCCGUCCUGAAGUAUUGCUGGCUGCGAAGUCCGAACGGAACUUCUUAUUCCGUCACUCAAGAUACGGAAGCUGCGUCGCCGUUUGUUCUACAUUACCAAGGCAACGGACUCGCAUUCGGCGAGUGCGGAGCGGAAAUUUCGACAGCCGUGGAUUCUGAUAAUGGACAGUGGAGCUGUUUGAUGGGGGUGGCUGACGCUGGCGAGAUAACCGCGAUGGCAUUGGUCACAGUAACAGAAACCUACCUAGUGGCCGAGCAAACGGAAAUAGCCGUCAGCCCUCGAAACGAUCCAGUUCUGUCUUGCCACAUCCUUCCGCGCAUGCUGGACAGAACAGUUCAUUACUGCCGGUGGAUCCGACCCGACGGAUAUGGAAUUUACAAUGACAUAAGCCAUCGAUAUACGGCCAACAGCAGCUACUCCGAGUGCAGAUUAGUCAUCCUGGACUACCGUCCCGAAGAGGACGACGGUAACUGGACGUGCGUAGCCGGGCUCACCGGCAAGAACGGUCAACUGGAGGAAGCCUGGGACCAGAUCGGAGUUCAUCAUGUAUCCGAGAGCACAAUCUACAUCGUUAACUCCUUCACCUUCAUAGCCAUCAGCGUCAUGCUGACAAUUUUUGUCUGCGGCGUUCUCGGCUAUGUCUGGACCCGAUAUUCGCUUCGUCGAUCAUUACCGAGAGAGGUGCCGGCCUAUUGCCCGCCGGGAUAUUACCCCACGAAAUCGCUUCAGUCUAAGCUCGACAGGGAAUAUCAAUACUGAUGAGAAGGAUAAGUAUUAAUUGUAAUAAUAAAUCUGAUCACAUUGAUUAUGUUGUUUAGAAUUUUGAAAAGAGAAACAAUGUUUAAUUUAUUAAAAAAAAGGGUGAUUGGAGGAAUGGAGAGAUUGAUAAUUUAUUAACCUCUCUUUAAAAUGUGUUGAUAUAUUAAAGUGAAAUAAAUACAUAUAUGAUCCAGCUUAUUUUUGCAUAUGCAUUACAUUGUGCAAAAAUAAUUUUUUAAUUCUAAUUAUUUUUAAUUUUAUUUAGCUGUUGUAUAAUCUAUUAUUUAAAAAUUUAAAUGUGAAAAAAAUGGUGCUCCGUUUAUUUUAGGGAAAUAAUUUUUCUAUGUAUGUAAAAAGGACGUGAAAUAGUGCGUUAUUUAAAUAAAUUAUAUUAUAUAUUUUCUAUUAAACAAUAAUUACUAAUUGAUAACUGCACAUUUAAGGAUACAAUUUUUGUCAGGUU